AACGCCUGUCUUUUCUGUACUGAGCAGAGCAGAGCAGAGCAAGCAAAAAGCGCCGCGCGCGCAAGUCAUCGCAAACACUCGGGAAAGAAAAACUUGUUCCCUCAGCUUGUUUGUCAGGAUACUGCAUUAGAAGUAGGAGAGAUACAGGAUCCGAAAUGUCAAUACGAAGAGGGCAACAGCUCAAGGAGCCUACGAAGAUGAGCACGGGCUCGCCUGCGGCCGACAAAGGCCUGUCGUCCAAGUUACUCACGAUGAAGUUUAUGAGACAAGCAGCUACGAAGGAGCAAAUUGCGGAGGCGGAGAAAGAGCAGCGGCGCGCGGACGAUGCGUCGAAGUGGACUCUGGAGCCGCCGGCGGAUGAGCAGGCGAACAAGGCUGCAGAGAGUAACGUUACCGUUAGCGGCAGCAGCAGUCCGUCGACUGACCGGCAGAUCACGAUUGGGCAGAGUAAAGUGCGGAUAUUACAAGGGAUCGGGUUUCAGGUUAUCGAUGCGCAUGAGGUGGAGGAGGGGAGUAGUACGCCUACAGGGCGGAAAAGCUGGGGCAAGUUUAAUACGCAAUUCGACGAACUAGCUGAAGCCGACUCGGACGACAGCGACGGGGAGGAGGAAGAAGAAGUCGACGAGGAGGAAGCGAAGCGGAGACGGAUACAGACCGAGCGCGACGAGGAGAACAUGAUGAAGAGCGCGAGAAAGAAGCAGGGCAUAUCUGGCGCUGGAGGAGGAGGAGGUGGUGGUGGUGGGGGAAGCAAAGGCGGCAAGAAGGACUCGAAAAAGAGACAGGCGGGACAGAAGGGGAAGAAAGAGAGUAAGAAGCAAAAGCGGUGAGAUGAAUGUGAGAUUGUCUAUUAGCUACAUACAGCCAAAUGUCGCAUGCAAACGGUACAAAACUAUGCCAAAAAAUAAAGAAACCAUCCAAUGCCUUAAACUAUAUAUACAAAAAUCGAUGCCA